AUGUUUGCAACCUCCAAGUCGUCGAUUGGCCGUCAGGCCCAGAUUGCAUUUACGAGAGGCUUUCACGAAUCUUCCAGGUCGAGAGUGACAACCAAGGCACCAUGGAACGAAACCAGAAGCCCAAACAAGACAAUCAUUCGAUCGCACUUGUGUAGGCACUUCUCGCAAGCUGCCCGCAAAGUACCGGAUGAAGAGAAGGCAAGGGUGACUUGGUUACCGUUCGCGUGCGCUCUCCCUUCGCCUGAUGAGGGUGCCGCAUCAACCACCUCAACAAGACCACUCUUCGCGAUGCCAUCCCUGCAAUACAACACGUCGGAAGCAAAUCUGAAAGCAGCCCACAAAGACUUUGUCUCCACGCUCGGAGAAGAAAACGUCAGCCUAGUACACGGAGAACGAGUCACCCACUCCAGCACAGAAUGGUCUCCAGCCCCACGAGAAGACGACAUUCCAUCGAUUAUCGUCUACCCGCGCAACACGCAAGACGUGAGUAAGAUUGCCAAAAUCUGCCAUCGUCGCAGAAUUCCCAUGAUUGGAUUCAGUGGAGGGACAAGUCUGGAGGGAACGUUGGCAGCGCAGCACCGCGAGGUCUGCAUUGAUUUCAAUCGGCAUAUGAAUCAAGUGUUGGAGGUGCGGAAGGAUGAUAUGGAUGUCACUGUACAGCCGUCGGUGGGAUAUCAACAGCUGAAUGAGCUACUAGCCAAGGACGAUAUGUUUUGUCCUCCAGAUCCAGGACCAGGCGCUCAGAUUGGCGGCAUGAUAUCUCAGGGAUGCUCGGGAACGAAUGCGUAUCGAUACGGCACAAUGAAAGACUGGGUCUUAGGUCUCGAAGUCGUUCUGGCGGAUGGAACGAUUAUCCAGACGAGACAUCGACCACGCAAGUCAAGCUCAGGAUAUGAUUUAACUCGCUUGUUCACGGGAUCAGAAGGCACUCUUGGUUUUGUGACUAAAGCACACCUGAAACUCACAAGACAACCUGAAAACGUUCGAGUCGCAGUGGCCCAAUUUCCUUCCAUCGACCAUGCUGUUCGACUGGCCGCGAGGAUUGUGCAAACCGGGCAUCAACUGGAAGCUAUGGAACUCUUGGACGCAACCACAAUGCGCGCGGUUAAUGGAGGCGGAUAUUGCUCGACAGAGUGGCCAGAGAAAGCGACUCUAUUCCUGAAAAUCGCAGGGUCGACGCCAGAAGCCGUAAAGGGUAUCGCGAAAGAAGUCGCAGACCUAGCCAGCAAGACCGGCUCUGCAAAUUUUCAGCUCGCGGCUGAUGAUGAAGAAGGAGAGGGCUUGUGGGAGGCUCGUAAAACUGCUCUGUGGUCCACACUGGCUCUGAAGAGAGAUCCAGACGACAAGUUUCUGAGCGCGGAUGCUUGCGUGCCGAUAUCGAGGCUUGGGGAUAUUAUUCGAGAGAGUCGAAAGAAAGUCGACGAGUCAAAUUUGUUGGGCUCGUUCCUUGGACAUGUUGGCGAUGGCAACUUCCAUGCCACGGUCCUCUAUAGUGCCAAAGAGAAGGCAAAAGCAAGAAAGCUGAUUUCCGAAAUCCAGCAAAUGAGCGUGGACAUGGAUGGUACAGUGUCCGGUGAGCACGGCAUUGGACUCGAGUAUCGUGACCAGGUUGUCUACGAGCUCGGCGAAGCAUCCGUAGAUGCAAUGCGGGCGGUCAAGCUCGCACUUGAUCCGUUGUGUUUGCUGAAUCCAGGAAAGAUGAUUCGGAUGGGAAAGGAGGCGGAUGCUGGAGAUCAUGAAGAUAGAGAACAUGCUUCGUCGCCAGGAGGUUUCCAUGGUGAUUCUCAUAGAUUGUAA